UUGACCAUCGUCUUGAAUCUCGAAAAAUUCCAUACUGAUAUCAUAUCUCGCAGGAUGGAACAUUUCAAUUAGCACCAUGAGUGGAGCAGAGAAACCAAGAACGGGCGGCUGCCUCUGCGGCGCGGUGAAAUAUGAGCUCACAGGCGACGCAGCGAAGCCCAUGUGGACGACCGUCUGCCACUGCUUGAAUUGCAGAAGACGCACCGGAUCGGCACUGUACACGGCAUCCAUCUGUCCAAAGGAGGGCUUCACAAUCACCGAAGGCGAAGACAUGCUCUCCACCUACGACGACACAAUGACGGACUCGGGCGAGGUGCUGAAACGCCAAUUCUGCAAAAGGUGCGGGAGCAACAUGUUUAACUUCUCAUCUCGCUAUCCCGUCGUGAGCAUCUCGGCGGGCAGCCACGACGAUUUCGAAGACUGGAAGCCGACGCUGGAGCAGUAUUGCAUUCAUCGGGCGGAUUUUGUGGGCAAGGCUGCGGGCGUGGAGAAGAGGUACGUGGAGAGUAUUGAAGGGGAGUUGGAGAAGGAGGAGAAGACGGGGACUUCAUAGGGCACGACAUCCCAAC